AUGCCAUUGGUCGCCGCAAAACCCGCAACGCACGUCGUUCCUCACAAGAUUAGUAAUCAAACCAUGGACAUGGUUACACCUGUCACUGGCAUGCCACCAACGCUCUAUUAUCGACCCAUCAGUAUGCCCCCUACAGUUGCAGACCUCAAAGCUCUACAGGACAUGCGCGUCGCAUGUGGAUGGUACCUGGAUCGCAUACCACGUUGGUUGGAGGAAGUGGCAACGAACCGACGUUUCCUGUGGUUCAUACACUUUGGCACGUCAGCGUAUACCCCUGGAGGGAUGAAUAUUGUCCCCCAGUCGCCGCCAAUAGGCAUGAUUUCGCUUUACCUUGAAAACCCAGACGACCCGACGCUCGCCUGCUUUUCUUUGACGUCCAGAGUCGAGAUCACCAGUCUUUUCGUUUAUGCAUCUUACAGACAUCUAGGGGUCGGUGCCGCGGCCAUCCAAGAGAUGGAGAGACGAGCAAAGUCGUUUGGGGCGACACACACGACAUUUAAUACCAUGGCCACCGAGCGACACCUUCGUGUGUUCAAAGACCUUGGAUAUCACGAGUUUAAGCCACGGUCACCGCUCACCUAUUCGGUCGCAGACGUAGUGGGCGUCGGCAUGCCCGCCUCUAGCUGCGUUGCCGCGUUUCUAGAAAAGGCUCUCUGA